GUGAAGGAUUCAGAGUUCGAGGGCGAGGAGGCUGAGUCUACAAUGACAAAGGUUGCUGGCCACUGGGUCCAAGGUUCGGGUGCUAAGGAGCCGCUGAAGCACUACACGCCGACCAUGUGCACGGCGAUCGCAGACAUCGUGUCGUUUGCGAAGGAGAUCAAGGUUGUGCCAGUGGUCGACGUGUCCGAUGAAAUAUGA